UUAAGCAAGAGAUUGCUACAAGAGCUUGAAGAAAUCCGCAAAUGUGGAAUGAAAAACUUCCGUAAUAUCCAGGUUGAUGAAGCUAAUUUAUUGACUUGGCAAGGGCUUAUUGUUCCUGACAAUCCUCCGUAUGAUAAAGGAGCCUUCAGAAUCGAAAUCAACUUCCCAGCAGAAUAUCCAUUCAAACCUCCUAAGAUUACAUUUAAAACAAAGAUCUAUCACCCUAACAUCGAUGAAAAGGGGCAGGUUUGUCUGCCAGUAAUUAGUGCUGAAAACUGGAAGCCAGCAACCAAAACUGACCAAGUAAUCCAGUCCCUCAUAGCACUGGUGAAUGAUCCACAGCCUGAGCAUCCCCUUCGGGCUGACCUAGCUGAAGAAUACUCUAAGGACCGUAAAAAAUUCUGUAAGAACGCUGAAGAGUUUACAAAGAAAUAUGGUGAAAAGCGACCAGUGGACUAAAAUCUGACACAAUUGAUGUCAGCAACGUAUGAUAGAAGAUCGGAGCAGUGCAUUUCAGACACCCCGUAAAGCAGGACUCUAUGGAAAAAUGACAAGUGCCACCUUUCGGUGUUAACUUGUGGCUGUUACUAACUUUCUACAGUUUUCUUAAUCAAAAGUGGGCUAGGUAACCUGUAAAGAAAGGAUUAAAAUUUAAGAUGUUCUAGUUCUGCUUUCUUUGUUUAAAAAUCACUGCUUCAAUAUACUUUAAAGUAUGCUGUUUUCUUUUUCUUGUCAGAAUUUAUCAAAAAUAUCUUAGACUUAUAUUCUGCCCUUAAAUUGAAAAGGUUGUGGCUGUCAUUUCUUAUUUUUCCUUGCGGUUCCCACUAUCUUGAGUUCAUUUAAUUAUUCAUUGAAUUUUAUCCCUCCCCCUCCCCAAACUGAUGUCUUAGAAAAAAAAAUCCCAGUUCUGGCAGAAAAUGAUUGAGUGUUUGGCAGUUUUGUUUACUUUUCUUUUUAAAUGUUGCACUGUGCUUUGUGGGACUUGUUGCAAGUUCCCCUUAAUUUCAGUUUGUAACAUAAUAAACAAAAAGCAAACAAACCCCACAAAAACAAUCAGAAAGAAUGUCCAGGUCUUAUGUAAAUCUGGCUGAUGUUACCACAAAAUGUUUAUUAAACGGGGAAACCCAA